AUGCCUGCCUGGUACAUCAAACAUAGCCCAAACACCAUUACGGCUCCUGAAAAAGAACAACUCGCCAAGUCAAUCACCAGACUGUACGUCUCCUACGGCCUACCUGCAUUCUACGUUCAAGUCCACUUCAUCGAGGACAUCCCAGGUACUGCAUUCGUUGGCGGCGAACCUCACCCCAACUUUGCAGCCGUGACAAUUUAUCACGUCGCCCGUGCCUUCCAGAACGACGAAACCAAACAGCGAUUCCUGACCGAUGUUGAUGAGAUCCUCAAUCCUGUAUUUGAGCCGAAGGGAAUGGAAUGGGAGUAUUGGGUCACGGAAGUGUCGAGAGACUUGUGGAAGAUCAAUGGUUUGGUGCCGCCGCAGCCUGGGUCAGAGGGAGAGAAGAAAUGGGUCGAGCUGAACAAGGCUGUUAAGCUCUAG